UCAAUGAACUUUUGACGUGAACUUGAUUGCAACUUGAAUAACUUAACCAAAAUAUCUGAGCUUUUUAUGUGAUGCGAAUAGUGAUAACCGUGUGAAGUGAUUUAGAACUGUAAUCAAAUUAAAAUACAAUACGUGAGAAAUGUUAAUAUUAUUUUAAAACCUAAAUUCAGUGACAUCUUGGAUGCUAACACUAGACUAUAAAAGGCAUAAAUUCCUUUGGUUUGGGCUAAUAAUGAAUCAACAGAGGACUUUCAAGACAAUCAGGCAAAGGAAAUGUUGAGAGAUGGCGGAGUUUCUGCCGCUGUGCGAUGUGUUAUUCAACGUGAUCUCGUUGGCGGGCUACUUCUGUGACGUGGUGUUCGACGUCGUGAUGGGCUACGCGUUACUGGAGCGAGGGUACAAAGGCAGCUUCGCCGCGGCUAUAUCUAUCGUCGUCACGUCACUGCUCAUCUCUCAGGUGCUCUCUCUCCGCUGGCAUUUACAUGUAUGGUGGGCCAGCGAGGGUAAGAAGGGCCGUCCACCGUGGCUUCCUAUCACGCUGCACUGCUUGCAGUUAGGUGUGUUGUGGAGGUACGCACGACUUCUAGUGCCUGUCGAGUUACGUCGUGUCAAGCAUCAAGUCAGAGAUUUGUGCAUGCUCCGGCUAGUGCACGCGUUCUGCGAAGCAGCACCGAUGUUGUUACUACAACUGCACAUUCUCUUCAAGGAGCCACUAGAACCAAUCAAUGAGCUGGGCGUCACCCCUGAACCUAGUAUCGAUGAGUCAACAGCCAACAAAGCGUUUGCUGAGUUGAAUGUGAUAUCAGCAUCCCUUUCGCUGUUCUCUGUGUGCUGGGCGCUGGCCAGCUUCAGCAAAAACGUACGCCUCCAAAACGUGCAUAGACUUGUGCUGACCUGGCUGGGAGUCAUAUUCCAGUUCCUGUGGCGUCUGGGCACGAUAUCAGCGCGGAUGUGCGCUCUCACCGUCUACGCUCUAGUCUAUGAAUAUUGGGUCUUCUUAGUCAUAGGUCUCCACUGGGUGUCAAUGUUCCUCUGGUUGAUUUCUCCCAAGAAUGUUUUCCACGGGGAACGCAUCAGCCGCCCGAGGAAGGCGUAUCUCUCCGCGCUCAUUGCAUUUGUAUACGUAUUUGCGUAUAUCAACCUACAGGAACUCAAUCAUAGACAAAAAAUGGUGACGUUCUACUGCGUGAUGUGUGUGGAGAACUGGGUGCUGGUGGGUGCGUGGUGGUGGUCGGGUGCGGCCACCGCCGCGCCGCUCGCCGUUGCUCACGCCGCCGCCUUCCUGCUCGGGCUCGGCUUCAUGCUGCUGUACUACAGGUACUUCCACGUUCGAAGACUUGGCUACAUGCUGGGUGAAAACCAACAGGGCACUAACAGCACGAACGCAUCGUCUCAGAAUAAAAACGGCAAGCCAGGACAAACGGACAACACAACAAUACCAGGUGUUUUCAACUGCCGGUUCACAAAUCCGGUCAAUAACAGCGCAGCCAACGGUCGCAAGAAAAAGAAGCCAACAUCGUUCGUACCGCCGCCCGCUGCACCCACCACCGCUUUCUGGAGGCGGCCGCUGCCAGCUGCUCAUAAUCAUCACGGAGGGUCAUCUGAAAACGAAGGUUCGAGUGUCGGCUCCCGUGUUAAUAUCCAACAAAAAUUACAAGAGAAGAAACAAAAACAACUUGCAGAAUUAAGAGUUAUAGAAGAGGAGAUUAAGCAAGGAAAAUUGGCUAAGACCACGCCCGUGGCGGCCGAAGAGAUAUACAGCAGCCUCCAGCGACAGCCCAUACCGAGGGCCAAAACACAUGCCGAGCCCCCAGCCUGGCCGAGCAUAGAAAUGACACAUUCAUAUCAAAAUUAUCCAGUUAUACCCCACACUUGCAAUAUGCUGUACCCCACCUACACGGAAAUCAAACCAGAAUAUGGAGUUGAAAAUUUCCCGCCCACCGAAAAUAAUGCAACAGACCUAAACGAUCCUUUAAAGAUACGAAGACUCCCGAAUCGGUACGAAAAUCCUCGCACGUUCUAUGAGAACCCCGCAAAUAUUAGGAAUGACGUCACGAGGACUCCACUCCGUUCGCCGAAUUAUUUAGCUUUGGAGGAAACUAGAAACUACGAAGCGAACGGAUGCGGAAGUCCGCACAAUGUAAUAAACAAUAGCCCAAGAAACUAUAAUCCUGAUAUUUCAAACAAUAAUUACGACUCUACAGCGAUAGACAAACCCAGACUGACGCAAAACAUGAAUAUUUAUUCUGAUGACAACAGGCCCAUGGGAGAAUAUUCCAGUUUCUGUGAGAACGGUCAAGCUUAUACCAAAUAUGAGAGUAAGGAUGAGUACGCAUCUGCUUUGCAUAGCGCGUUGGCUAACGUGCAGAGCAUAGAUAAUAUACGAAAUAAUUAUAACGAGGCAGGAUGCAUGCAGUACAACCAAAACUGUGAAAGAAUGUUCCCUUAUCCAGGUCUUGCGGGAAAGAAAAUGGAACAGAUGAGAAAAAUGCAAAGAUGCAGGACUCCCGAAAUAUUAUUGGCGCCGCUAUAUUUGGAGGGAUGUAAUAGGCAGGUGUGCUGUCAUUGGGGAGCGCCAUAUACAAACAGAAAGAAAGAGGAGAAUGGCGGUGGUGGCGGUGGUGUGGGCGGCAGCAGCGGCGAAGAGUCCAGCCCCGAUGCGCCCGCCAGGGACACUCCGCGACCUCCGUCAGACAUUGACAGCCAGAUCUCGCUGCCGCGCUCGUAUACGCUACCACGCGAGUUCCGCUACUGGCGGCGACGACCGAGACUGCGGGAUGCACAUGUGCCUAGCAACAACAGUAGCGAUGGUGACGUAGACAGCGCUGACAACGAUAGUGACCGACGGUCAAACUGCUCCGCGGCCUCGCAGCUUCAGAGUCCGACGUACGCGGACGGCUACCAGUACCGAGAGGUGCUCCGGCCUGAGGAGUCCCGGUAUAGCGAAUUAUACGCCGUGUGUCCAGUCGACAGACGGCCUAGGAGAGGAUUUAGGAAACAGGGGCCCAAACCAGAGACGAAACUUUGACUGUCACUGGGCGUGCUGUCUUAUUCAUAUGGCAGCAUACUUUCCUGUUGUAGUAUUAGUUUCAUUCUCAGAGUUCAGUUGUGUAUAUACAACUUUAGAAACUGCAGAAUUUCCAUAGACAAUCGAUUAAAAGAUUGUUUUUAGUGACACCUAUUAGAGAUUGUGCUAGCUGAAUCACUGUUUGGCCGGCAGCACACCUGCAAUGCCGCUGGUGUUGUGGGUGAUCAUGGGGCAUGAGCUCGUUUGCCCGCUGCGUUGUAAAAAAAAAUGAAUCAACGUAACGACUUAUUUAAUAAUAAAAUGUACAAAGUUUAGUCGCCUCUUACGAGCCGCAUAGGAAGAAAGUGGUGGCCUAUGCUAUGCCGGUACCAACGGCCAAAAUAUAUAAGUGGACAUUAUUUUCGUCAUAUAGGACAUUUUUUAAAAUAAAAUGUUACGUGAUUUCAAUACGUGUUUAGGCACUAUCAUUCUAGUAACUGCUAAAGGUGCACUUGAGAACUUGUAUUUAGAAUUAUCUACUAAUCAUGUAUAUUUUGUAACAGUACUAUUUAUAAGUUAUUGAUAAGUAUAUUCCGUUCAAUUAAAUGUAAGACAGUCAGUAGUAGUGCUAAUAUUGUUAUGUAGAAUAGUACAUUUUAAAAUGAGGAUGAUUCUCAGUCAUUUGACUUAUAUACUGUCAAAAAUGACAAAUCCGUCCACAAGUUUUAAUCAAAUCUCUUAUUAUUAUGAUUGUACAAAACAAUGUACAAUAUUAACCAUUUAAGUAUUCUAAUAUUUAAGAGCAUGUAUAAAUAUAAAUCUAUUUGUAUUAUUGUAUAAUACUGUAUAUUAUACAUAAAACUGUUGAGGAGGGAGUGUGUAAUA